AUGAAUGAAAAUGUGGACAUAUGCACGUCCAAAGAGGGUAAACGCGAAGCCAAUUCUGCUCCUACGAUAAAGGAGAAAGAGUUGGUAGAUGCUCAGUAUGAGGAACAGGACACUUCGGCGGCUAUCGCCGCGAACAGCAGCAUUGAGAACGACGGUGCCAAGGGGACAGAGACAUCGCCACGCUCUCGUGGCGAGGUGCAACGGAAGUUAAAGGAACGGCAUAUCGGGAUGAUUGCCCUUGGUGGUACCAUCGGAACGGGCCUCAUAAUAGGUAUCGGUCCGCCGCUGGCACAUGCGGGCCCCGUCGGCGCCCUGAUAUCUUAUUUGUUUAUGGGGACAGUAAUUUAUUCGGUGACUCAAUCGCUGGGGGAAAUGGCCACUUUCAUUCCGGUAACAUCUUCGUUCUCUGUCUUUGCCCAGCGGUUCUUGUCACCGGCCCUCGGCGCCACCAACGGCUACAUGUACUGGCUGUCGUGGUGUUUUACCUUCGCGCUGGAACUUUCUGUGUUGGGGCAAAUAAUUCAGUACUGGACGCACGCCGUACCCCUAGCAGCUUGGAUCGUAAUAUUCUGGUGCUUACUAACUCUCAUGAACAUGUUUCCCGUGAAGUACUACGGAGAGUUCGAGUUUUGUAUUGCCUCCAUAAAGGUCAUCACGCUACUCGGAUUCAUCAUCUUCUCGUUUUGCAUAGUGUGUGGUGCCGGCCAGCCUGAUGGGCCCAUCGGUUUUAGGUACUGGAGGAAUCCCGGUGCCUGGGGGCCAGGGAUCAUCUCCAGUAACAAAAACGAAGGCCGGUUCCUCGGUUGGGUUUCCUCUUUGAUCAACGCCGCCUUUACGUACCAGGGUACUGAACUGGUCGGGAUCACAGCUGGUGAAGCGGCUAACCCACGAAAAGCGGUCCCGAGGGCAAUCAAGAAAGUUGUAAUAAGGAUUCUAGUCUUUUACAUCCUUUCGCUGUUUUUCAUAGGGUUGUUGGUCCCGUAUAAUGAUCCGAAGUUAGACAGUGACGGCACGUUCGUCUCUGCAUCCCCAUUUAUGAUAAGCAUCGAGAACUCGGGGACAAAGGUCCUUCCAGACAUAUUCAACGCGGUCGUACUGAUCACUAUUUUUUCCGCGGGCAACUCCAACGUAUACAUCGGCUCGAGAGUCCUGUACAGUUUGUCCAAAAAUAGCCUGGCACCAAAGUGCCUGUCCAAUGUAACCAGGGGCGGCGUUCCAUACCUUGCCGUUCUAUUGACAUCCCUGUUCGGGUUUUUGGCCUUCUUAGAGACUUCUGCAGGCAGUGGCAAGGCCUUCAAUUGGCUGUUGAACAUCACCGGUGUCGCGGGCUUUUUUGCAUGGUUGUUGAUUUCAUUUUCUCAUAUCCGCUUUAUGCAAGCAAUAAAGAAACGGGGUAUAUCAAGGGAUGACCUGCCUUACAAAGCCCGGAUGAUGCCCUUUCUGGCUUACUACGCAUCUUUUUUCAUCGCCCUGAUCGUUCUGAUCCAGGGCUUCACUGCAUUUGCACCGACCUUCCAGCCAGUGGACUUUGUUGCCGCCUACAUCUCGGUGUUUCUCUUUGCAAUUAUCUGGCUGUCGUUCCAACUGUGGUUCAAGUGUCGCUUGAUCUGUAAGUUGCAAGACAUCGACAUAGAUUCUGACCGCCGAGAGAUAGAGGAGCAGGUAUGGAUAGAACCCGAAUGCAAAACCAGGUGGCAGCGUGUGUGGGAUAUCCUCUCGUAG